AUUUGCUUCCUUUCCCACGCACCAUUCUCCAUUUAUAGAUACAAAUACUCAUGCCUGACUUCCACAAUACUAACAGGAAUCAGAAAAUGUUUCAAAACCCAGGAAUUUCACACAACCCCACAAGAUAGAGCACUUGUGUGUCUAGUAACUUUGUACGCUAAAUUGUGCAUAUUAAAUAUAUACUGGGAUCAUUAUGUUCACAUAGACAGUUGUUGUUUUCCCUUACGUUUCUAUGAAGUGCAGAUUUAGAAGGAUUCUUUUAUAUCCUGUGCCAUUUCUGAAGCCUGUUUGCCAGUUCUGCCCUGCCCAGAGACACUGGCACAUGAAGAAAGGCAGCAGAAUUGGGAGGAAAGAAAGAUGAGACAGAGUCGGAUACCUUAGAGAUGAAGAGAGAUGAGAGAAGUUUGCUCUCUUCAUUCAGUGCAAAUGCUGUCUCUUUGUUAGAAAGGACUUGGAGCUGAUGAAGAAAUCUCAAGGGGGGCAACAAAAUGGCAGAAUAAUUCAGCAGGGGUACAUGGUAAUAAUAACAAAAACCAAUCCAAGCAUUCAGAAGAGGACAGAGGAGAGGAGACAGGAGGAGACAUUUAAAACUCAGAGGAGUAACAACAUGUGACAGAGAGAGCAGCAGACAACACGGACUACAACCUCUUUUAUGAAUUUUAUUCAGUUUGCAAUAAUUUUGCAGUUUCACUUUGGGUCUGUGUGCCUUCAAGUUGUGACAUCAAGAAGACAUUUGUUUCUGACUUUCUGUGCUGGUGCCGGUCAGCAGCAUGACUCAGCUUUGCCUGUGUGUCUAUAUAUGCAUGAGUUUAUGGCUCCACACUUCCCUUGGGUUGCCUCCCCAGCACCGUGGGUGGCUGAGGCUAUGGGAGGAGGGCGAGGGCUGCAAGGAGUGCAACCAACACCUCUGCCCCCAAGUCCCAGAUGACUGUCCUGCAGGUCUGGUGCAGGACGAGUGUGGAUGCUGUGAACAGUGUGCCAAUGUGGAGGGGCAACAGUGUGACCCAGAUGGGGCUCAGAAGUUCUACGGCCGCUGUGGAGAGGGCCUGGUCUGCCAGAGGAAAAUGCCAAAGAGAGGACACAGGGCUGAGCCAGAGCCCACAUGUGUGUGUCAGGCAAAGGGCCCUGUGUGCGGCUCGGAUGGGUGGACCUACCCAAACAUUUGCCAGAUGAGAGAGGCUGCCAGUCGUCGUAAUACAACUCUCAAACUCAAAGGAAGAGGGCCCUGCAACUCUGCUCCCCGCGUCAUUCAAGGCCCCAAAAACCUGUCCAACUACACCGGGAAUGACGUUGUGUUUGGCUGCGAGGUUUCAGCCUACCCACUUCCAGUCCUGAGCUGGAGGAAGGCAGGAAGUGACAGCUUCCUUCCAGGAGAUGAUGCUCACAUCUCUGUCCAGGCUCGAGGUGGGCCUCAGCGAUACACAGUCUCUACCUGGCUUCAGAUACAGGGCCUCCAUGUCUCUGAUACAGGGGUGUACGCUUGCAUCUCCCACAAUUCCUUGGGAGAAACAUCUGCAUCAGCACAGCUUACAGUGUUGAGACAAGUGGUGCUGGAAGAUCGUGUUGAGGAGAAACAGGAGCACUUUGAUCAUCUGGAAGAAGAAAGUGAUGAACAGCUGGCAUCUGGAGAUUACCUGGGAUUCGUUUAAUUCAGUUUAUAUUGCCAGACAACAAGGAGCCCUGAGGAAAAAAUAUCUUUAAACUAGCAUAAUAGAUCAGCUAACAUACUUUGGGGAUGACAUUUGUUGUGAGAGAAAUGGCUCUUAAACAUCACAUCUGCUUUUAUUCACUGUGUUACUGUACCAUUGCACACAAUAUAUCACUUGUUAAUUGCUGUGUAUGAUUAUAAUAAACUGAAUAACAACAACCUCUUGCACAUUGGUAUGUUCUUCUUAAGGAAGAUUUGAAUGCUGUUUUAAAUUACAGCAUGGACACCACAUCACAAACUGGGAAGGAAAACUCUUCAAAACAUUUAAUUUGACACAAAUGAUACAAAAAACAAAAACACUGCAAAUCACUCUUAAUGUAAAGCCUUUAUCACUUCCUCCUACUUUCACCACUCCACCCAGGAAACAUAGACUACAGUACAUUCAUCCAUUGAGCAAAAAAAAAAAAAAAAAAAAAAAAAA